ACCAAUCGAGAAUGUGACGGGGCUGGCCGCGCGGCAGAUGAGGCCCAAUCGGCGACGAGAACGGUAGGGAGGCGGGCCGAGCGCGGGUUUCCGGCGGGGCCCGGCAGGAGCCGAGGAGGAAGAGCGAUCCCGGACAGCGUCUCUCGGCCGAGUGUGGGCGCAACCAGAAUGACGACUUCAGGCGCUCUCUUCCCGAGCCUGGUGCCCGGCUCUCGAGGGUCCUCCAACAAGUAUCUGGUGGAGUUUCGGGCAGGAAAAAUGUCUUUAAAAGGAACUACAGUCACCCCAGAUAAACGAAAAGGGCUCGUAUACAUCCAGCAGACUGACGACUCCCUCAUUCACUUCUGCUGGAAAGACAGGACCUCCGGGACCGUGGAGGAUGACCUGAUCAUCUUCCCUGAUGACUGCGAGUUCAAGCGUGUGCCUCAGUGCCCUAGUGGGAGGGUCUACGUGCUCAAGUUUAAGGCAGGGUCCAAGCGGCUCUUCUUUUGGAUGCAGGAGCCCAAGACUGACCAGGAUGAGGAGCACUGCCGGAAGGUCAACGAGUAUCUCAACAACCCCCCAAUGCCCGGGGCACUGGGGACAAGCGGAAGCGGAGGCCACGAGCUCUCUGCACUGGGCGGGGAGGGCGGCCUGCAGAGCCUGCUGGGGAACAUGAGUCACAGCCAGCUCAUGCAGCUCAUCGGACCGGCCGGCCUUGGAGGACUGGGUGGGCUUGGGGCCCUGACCGGGCCAGGCCUGGCCAGCUUACUGGGGAGCGGCGGGCCUCCAGCAAGCAGCUCCUCAUCCAGCUCCCGGAGCCAGUCGGCAGCGGUCACCCCAUCCUCUACCACCUCCUCCACCCGCGCCACCCCAGCCCCUUCUGCCCCAGCAGCUGCCUCAGCCAGCAGCCCGAGUCCUGCGCCCAGCUCAGGUAACGGAACCAGCACGGCAGCCAGCCCUACCCAGCCCAUCCAGCUGAGCGACCUCCAGAAUAUCCUGGCCACUAUGAAUGUGCCAGCCGGGCCAGGCAGCGGCCAGCAAGUGGACCUGGCCAGUGUGCUGACGCCCGAGAUCAUGGCACCCAUCCUCGCCAACGCGGAUGUCCAGGAGCGCCUGCUGCCCUAUCUGCCCUCCGGGGAGUCCCUGCCCCAGACUGCGGAUGAGAUCCAGAACACGCUGACCUCGCCUCAGUUCCAGCAGCCCUGGCUCUCCUCACAGGCCCUGGGCAUGUUCAGUGCAGCCUUGGCUUCCGGGCAGCUGGGGCCCCUCAUGUGCCAGUUCGGGCUGCCCGCGGAGGCGGUAGAGGCUGCCAACAAGGGUGAUGUAGAAGCAUUUGCCAAAGCUAUGCAGAACAAUGCCAAAUCUGAGCAGAAAGAGGGCAACACAAAGGACAAGAAAGACGAAGAAGAGGACAUGAGUCUCGAUUAAGUUAUUUGCUGUCUUUCGAGGAAGUGCGCUCUUAGUCAUGUGACUCCUGUAGUGGCGGUUGUGAUUCGUUGCAUCCCCUGUCCUGUUCCGACUUACUAAUAAAUAAAGGUCCUUUCUUUUACCUGCCA